AACAUUUUACCCGGAAGCGAUGGGUUGUUGCUAGCAUUGUAUUUCGUUGUUUGCUAGCUUGGACAUUAGAGCAAUAUGAUAUUAACCACCGUUAUUUGAAGUUGUGUAUUUAAUAGGCCUCGACAUAUAAAUACAUUUAGCUAUAAUGUCAGAUAGGAAGCGAUCUCGAGAGAAGGAAGAUAGGAGAGAACAUAAAAGACACAAGGAAUCAAAACACGAGGAGGAGAAGAUCCGAAAACAUGACAAAAAACUUAAUCUCGAAGUGCAGAAAAUCAAGCAUGUGGAGACUUUCUAUGAAAACCCACCCCCUGGACUUAUAAAGGAAUAUGACGAUCGACCAGAGGACUGCAUCCCGAAUGACCCAGGCAACGAGCAGGCACGGGACUUCCUGGCCAGUGCUCCCACCAAAGGCUUAUGGAUGCCCCUGGGGAAGGAAGUGAAAGUCAUGCAGUGUUGGAGAUGCAAACGCUAUGGACACAGGACUGGAGACCGAGAGUGUCCAUUCUUCAUCAAGGGAAACCAGAAACUGGAGCAGUUCAGGGUGGCCCACGAGGACCCCAUGUAUGACCUGAUCAGGGAGAACAAGCGCAAUGAGAAGGAAAUGCGCAUCCAGCAGCUCCAGCAGCUGUUACAGGACACUACGUCUGACGACGACGACGACGACUCCAGCUCCUCCUCCUCCUCAUCAUCCUCGUCCUCCUCCUCUUCCUCCGGCCAUGGUCACAAACACAAGAAGAAGAGAUCCAAGGAGAAGAAGAAGAAGAGAGAAAAGAAGAAGGCCAAAGAGAAGAAAAAGAAGAGGAGGAGGAGCGCACACAGGCACAAGUCGAGGACGAGGAGCAAGGGCUCUGAGUCAGACUGACUGACUGUGUAAGGGGGCUGAAUCUGAAUGAGGCCCUGGGGUGGGUAGAGAGAGAGAGAGAGAGAGAGAUGGAUGGAGGAUCAGUGAAGAUGGAGAAUAGAUGGUGGGUGGGCGGAGAGGAGAUGCAAGUAUUGUUGUGGAUGGGAUGAGUAGGGGGGGGGGGGGGGGGGGGGAUGCAGGGCAGCUGCACUCCUCCACCCCCAACCCCACUCCCCCCUUGGGCCACCCCCCCCCCCCCCCCCCCUUCCCACCCUCAGGAGCUGUUGAAUAAUGCAUGGACUUGCCUCUGCUUUCUCCAGCAUGGGUGGUGUUGAGCUUGUUAGGCAUCUGCACUGGACACAGCACGCACAAGUGGCCGUGCUGUAUGGCAAUAAAACUGCAUGGUGUGACCCCAGCUGAACGGACGUUGGUGACGAAGGAGUGGGAAAAGAUGGUGUCUGAGAUGCAUAUCAGGUGCAGGACACGUGUAUUUUUCUAUCAGAGAAGACUAUGAUGGAUGAUGUAAUGCAUUGAAUUACUGUACUGCAGUAUGUUUCUUGUAUUCUCCAUAUUUCUUUGCAUGUCCUGCGUUUAUCCUUUUGCUGUUUUUUUUUCCCCACGUAAGAUUGGUUAUGUGAAAGGCCACUGAUUACCAUGAUGAAGCAGGCUGAUUGAGUGAAUGAAUCAAAUAAAUUUGAAAUGCCA